AUGAAUACAGAAUCUAAAAAUAAAAGGGCUUCAGGAGCCAAGAGAAGGAAGGAGUCAGCCAUAAAGAAGAAAAAAGUUGAACAAUUUUUGACGGAAGUUCCGAAACUUUCAGUGUUUUUUCGUCCGAUUAGUGCAAGCUCGCAAAAUUCAAGUGAAAAUGAAAUUGCUUGUGUUCCCUUGGAUUGCACUGUUGGAGAAAUUUUAUCCACCAACAACGAUGUAAGUCUGCCAAAUUCACCUUCAUCUUUUGAACAAAGUCCAGAUACUCAGGAAUUGGAGACUGGCCAUGCGGCCCAUGCCGAUUUUUCAGUAAAGCCAGUGUGUAGCUCAGUAGAUCUACAAAUCACUGACGAAACUUCAACUUUGACUUUAUUUUCUGAAGACCCGGCAAACUGGGAUAGAGAAAACGAAAAUUUAAUUGAACACUUGAUUUUGAAUCCUCCAAAGAGCAAUUCGAACUUAAUUUGCCGUUCUAGUUCUAGUACCAGUAGCAAGUUUGGUAACGUGGAUGACACCGAAAAAAGGGAAAGCUGGAAGAAUCAACAUCAGUGCAUGAAAGAGCAUGAACAAUCGACUGAUCGUCGUUUUGCAGUGACAUCUCUUGUAAAUCGUAGCGGAACCAAAUCAAGAAUCGAUGCUGAGUUGGUCAAAGAAUUUUUAAAUGAGCGAGAGGGACUAGCGUUUAGGGGUUCUAAUCAAACAUUAGGAUUGCCUCAAAAUGGUAACUAUUUGGGUGCGUUGGAGCUGUUAUCCGAAUACGAUGCAUUUCUCGCCAAACAUCUACAAACACACGGAAACAAAGGGAAAGGCAAAACAUCAUACUUAUCAGCAAACCUUUGUGAAGAGUUUGUCGAACUUUUAGCCAAAUCAGUUCUUGAAUUUAUGGUGGCUGAAUUGAAACAAGCCAAAUACUAUUCUACCAUUUUGGACUCAACCCCAGACAUAUCUCAUGUCGAUCAACUCACGUUUGUCAUUCGAUACGUUUUAGAAGACGGGACACCAGUUGAACGCUUUUUUGGUUUCUUUCCAAUAAGUGGACAUACAGCGACUGAAAUGGAAAAAUUUUUAUUGGAACAACUGGAAAAACACGAUAUAAAAAUUGAAGACUGCCGUGGGCAAUCCUAUGAUAACGCAAGUAAUAUGUCUGGUCAGUAUAAUGGCUUACAAGCAAAAAUCAAGAAAAGAAAUCCUCUCGCAGAAUAUGUUCCUUGCGCAGGACAUUCCUUGAAUCUUAUCGGAUCAAGUGCAGCAGAAGCAUGUUCAGCUUCAUUGGAUUUUUUUGGUUUUCUUCAAAGUAUUUAUAACUUUUUCGCUGCUUCUACACACCGUUGGGCUAUCUUGAAAAAAUAUCUGAAAAAGGAUUUACGUGUUCCCAAAAGUUUAUCACAAACUCGUUGGUCGGCCCGUGCUGAUGCCUGCGUCGCUUUGAAAGAAGGAUAUAAAGCAUUUCAAGCAGCGUUGAAUGAAAUUGCAGCUGACAGAUGUCAACCACCAAGUGCCAGAAACGAAGCGUCUGGUUUGGCAAGCAAGUUCGAUCAACUGGAGAUUGGAGUCCUAACCGUCGUUUGGAGUGUAGUUAUGGAACGGUUUAACAAAACAAACAAGCUUCUUCAAACUGUUAACAUCGAUCUCGGAACAGUGGUGGACCUUUACACAUCAUUAACAAACUUUGUUCAAGAAGUUCGAUCAAACUUUACAAAAUACGAGACAGAAGCUAAGUUGAUGUCGACCGAAGUCUACGAGGCUGAUAAAAGAAGGAAGAGAACCAGAAAACGGCAUCAUGAUGAGAUUGAAAACUAG